AUGGCCGCUACGAUGCGCGCAGUCGACAUCAAAGGUGGAAAAGGCGAACGAGACGCCCUCUUCAUCAACCCCGAAACCCCCAAGCCGACCCCCGCCCCGGGCCAGGCCAUCGUCAAGAUCGCCGCCUUCGGCAUCAACCGCAUGGACAUCAUCCAGCGCCGCGGCUUCUACCCCGUGCCCCCGCAGGCCCCCAAGACGCUCGGCGUCGAGUUCAGCGGCACCAUCGAGUCCUUUGGCUCCGAGGACGCCAGGAACGGGUUCCGGGUCGGCGACGAGGUCUUUGGGCUGGCGUACGGAGGGGCCUAUGCCGAGUACAUCGCCGUGAGCACAAAGAUGCUGCUGCACAAGCCAAAGGAGCUCUCCCACGAGCAGGCCGCUGCCGUCCCCGAGGCGUGGAUCACGGCGACGCAGGCGCUGCAUCUGGUGCUGGGCUUCGUGCAAGGGAAGAGCAUCCUCUGGCACGCCGGGGCCUCGGGCGUCUCUAUUGCGGGGAUCCAGCUGGCCAAGGCCGCCGGCGCAUCUGAGAUCUAUGCCACGGCGGGCAGCGAGGAAAAGGUCAAGUUCAUCACGAGCCAGCUCGGCGCCACCGCCGCCUUUAACUACAAGACGCAGGACUGGGUCAAGGAGAUCAAGGAAAAGACGGGUGGCAAGGGCGUCGACUACAUUGUCGACUUCAUCGGCGGCGAGUACUUCAUGAAGAACCUCGACGUGGCUGCCCAGGACGGCAGUGUGCUCCUCUUGGGCACUCUGAGCGGAGGAAGGGCCCCCGAUGCAGACGUCGGCUUGAUCCUGUACAAGCGCCUCCGUGUUCUGGGCAGCACUCUGCGGAGUCGUGAUGAGGAGUAUCAGGGUAAGCUGAGAGACAAGCUGGAGACGUAUCUGGACGACUUUGCGUCACAAAAGUUCAAGAUCUACCUGGACUUGGUGCUGCCCUGGGACAAGAUCCAAGAGGCGCACGAGCACAUGGAGAAUGCAAGGAAUUCCGGCAAAAUCGUAUGCACCAUUUCUUAA